AACCAAAACAUUGUUGCGUUGAACUCGUGAAAAUUUCGCACGCAAAAUUUUCACCACAUUUUUGUGUUGUGCUAUUUAUCCUGUUAAAAAUUACUGUUUCAUUUUCGAUAAACGUUCGUAUCAUCGUGUCCAAUUCAUUUUCAAAUAAGCACCAGCUAGUUUACGAUGACUUGUUUGCUGUUGACUGGCAGAAACGUCUCGUAACAUCUGCCCUGCCUUCUUUUUUUGGCAAUCCGCCGACCGUAAUCGAAACACGAACGAUUCGAUUCGCUUAUCAUCUUCCUUUGCAAGCAUGUUAAAUUCGGAGGAUGAAGCACAACCUAAGCAAAAACAAGAUUGCGAUAACAGUAUCAGCAAUGAGUUUCCGGCUAAACCAAUUGCAAGUACAGAAGCCCCAACGGAGGACGAAAAUAAGGUGAAAGAUCUGCAAUGUGAACUAAAAAGGGUGCGGGAGGAAUUCAACCAACAGCGAGCGAAAAUGAAGGACCUGUUUUUGGCAAAAGAAGCGGAAUGCAAGCGAUUUAUAAAGGAAGCAGCUAUAUCUCGGAAGGAACUGGAGGAGGCCAAAUCGCAAAUGAUGGUGUUGGAGUACAGUCGGGAAAAGGACCUAGAGGAUCAGAACCGCCGUGCACAAGAAGAGAUUCAUACCCUGCAACAGCUGGUGCAGGAUACAGUUGACGAGUCGACUUUUAGUCACGCGGAAAUUCGCCGUUUGGCGGAUGAAAACGAGCGCUUACGAACAGAACAACAGGAACUGAAGGAAGCGCUGGCAGCUGCUCAGCAGGAUUCACCUGGACUGGCACCGGUUUUGAAUCAGGCCAAAAAAAUAAUCCGUAAACUUGGAGCGGCCGAUACCGGUAGCCACGAUAACCUGGAGGACUCGAUGCGGAAGGUAAACAAAUAUGCUCAGGAAGAUGCCGAGGUUUUGCGAUCGUUGGUUGUUCCACUGGAAGAGGAAAUUAAAACACUUAAGGAAAAAUUGCGUCGUGCCUACGAAGAAAUGGAGUCGCAGCGAGGAAAAGAUGCCUCCGUUCAACCGGAAUCGGCGCUGGUUGGAAUGUUGAAAGAAGCUAAGGGUGAACCAGAUUCUGAGCAGAACAAAGAACCGAGUUCUACACCAGCGAGUUCAACGACCUGCGAGAUGUGUCCCAACUACGAAACGAAGUUGGUCCAAUGUCAAGAGCAGAUAAACAGUGAAAAGCAAAAAGUACAACAGUUAGAAAAGAGCGUCGAACGGAUGAAAGAAGAACUGGCCAAAGAAGGUGCUAUGCGUAGUGAUUUGGAAGCCCAAUGGCAGCAGAAACGGGAGGAGCAUAAAGCUGAAGUGUUACGACUGAAUGAGAUAACCGGACGGGCAGAGCAGGAACUGGCCAAGCUGAGGAAAGGCUACGGCCAGCUGAAGCAGAGCGUCAACGAUGAGCUGCAAAAGCUGACAGAUGAACGCGAACAGGUUUACCGACACCUAGAUAUGCUUCAGAAAGAUAACGAUUUUCUCUCGGGCAAGUAUCUAGAAAACUCAGAAAUGCUCAAGGAUCAGGAGAUUAAUCUCCCGCAAAGUAUCGACGAGCUGCACGAGCUGGUGCUAACGUUACACGAAAAUCUAAUUGUUACUAAGGCGGGCUGCGAGUUUGCUGAACGAAAAACGCUUAGCAUGCAAGACGAAGUGGCGUUGCUUCGAGACCAGCAGCACUCGCGUGAACGCGAUCUGCGUCGAGUCGAGAAAGACUAUUCUAACAAGCUAAAGCAAGUGGAAGAACAGUUGGAGCAGCAAUAUCUACACUAUCAACGGCUGGCCGCACAUAAGGAAGAUUUAGAGCGAGCCGAGGCGGAAAGUAAACGACAAAUUUCCGAACUGCGAAUGCAAACAAUCGGUCUUCAGGCUACCAACGAGAAGCUGGAUAAGCAGAACGUUGAUUUGCGGACUAAAAUGAGCGUGCUGCAAGAGGAUCUUGCCAACAAUGAAGCCGUACAGAAGGAUUUCGUUAAAUUGUCUCAAUCACUGCAGAUGCAGCUGGAGAAGAUACGCUCUGCCGAUACGCAGGUUCGCUGGCAGGACGAGGACGACGUUGAUCAAUGUCCCAACUGUCGGAAGGAAUUUACUGUGACGAGGCGAAAACAGCACUGUCGCCACUGCGGCACAAUCUACUGUCAACCAUGUCUGACCAAGACGGUUCCGACUGGUCCGAGUCGACGGGCGGCACGUGUUUGCGAUGUGUGCCAUACGCUGCUAGUGCAGGAUACAGCGCCGUACUUCAGCCGGGAACCACCACAGUCGCCAUAGGCGAAUCGUAUGGUCACUAUUUGUUACGUUAUUUCAACAGGACAGCAGGCAACCGUUUAAAUCCAAAGUGCUAGAAGUGAUGAUAUCGUUGCGUAGUACGUUUUAUUCUUUAAACAAGUUUUAGUGUAAAUUUUCAAUUACUUGGUCGUAAUAAAAAAUAUCAAAAUAAA